GCAAGGAACAUGCCCCUUGAAUCAGUGAAAAAAACAGGUGUUUUGUCAACCUAGAAGAACGUUAAAAACGUCGCGUUUGUACAUAUCAUUAUUUUGUUUCCACUGUUUUCCACGAAUGAGAGUCAAGAGUAAUUCAAAUUAAGAGUUGGAUAACCAAUCUAACGCUGCGGUAACCGUAUCAGCAAAUCUUCAUCGCACGUUAAAUGCUUCAGCAAGUGCAUAUGUCCUAAGUUCUAGAAACUACAACUACAGUAAAGUCAGAACCAGGGACAACAGAUUAUAAAAUCAUUGACCAUGACGAUGCAGGUGAAGACACCAGACAGAUGGACACUGCUUUUCCUCAAGGGGAGACAACUCAGAGCACAUGCAUCCAAACAGCUGAAAUUGGUACAGAGACUUCAGGCAACAUGAGUCACGAGACCCUGGAGUUGACCAGUGACGAGGCCCGUGAUAUUGAGGACAUGUUGACUGAGAGAGAAGAUGAUGAUGAUGAGGUCACCAUUUUACCAACUGAUCCCCAGAAUAGCUUCCGUGUCCUCAUGGAGGUUGGGGUGCAGGCCAAUGACUAUGACAUAGAGCGGAGGUCAGGCAGGCUGCCGGCCAGACAGAGGAUCAUCCCAGCCAAAUUUAGGGACUUCAAGAAUCCUGUGAACAUCGAUGAGGACACAGAUGACUCUGACUUUGAUCCAGACACGGAGCUGGUUCCACUCAAGAAAAAGUCAACAGGCAAAAGAGGGCGGCCCAGGAAGACUGCAAGUGAUCAACCAACAGCACCUGAUGUUAAAGAAGACAGUAUUGAGGCCCUUGGGAGAAUCAUCCGAACUUCUACAGGCUUCAAGUGUCCUCGAUGUGGCAAGACCUUCACUCAGAAAGGAAAUUUGAAAGUGCACAUGUGGACACAUACAACAGCCAGGCCAUUUGCAUGUGAUUAUGAAGAUUGUGGCAAGAGUUAUCGUAGCAACGAGAGCCUCCGGAGACACAAACUAGUUCAUAUGGGUAUCAAGCCGUUCGAAUGCACAGAUUGCAGUAAGAAGUUCUCAAGCAGUGUGACUCUGAAGGAACACAUGACAAUCCACAGCAACACCAAGCCCUACAUGUGUGAGGUGUGCAACAGAUCCUUCCGCCAAGUCAGCUGCUUCCGGCGCCACCUCAUCACUCACACCAACAACACACCAUUCGCCUGCCAGAUAUGUACCCGCCGCUUCUCACAGAUGGUCUACCUCAGAUCACACAUGAAGAUGCACACAGGUGAACGCCCUUUCCAAUGUGACAAGUGUUCCAAAGCUUUCGCUCAUCAAUCAGACUUGGCCAGACAUAAGAUCAUACAUACAGGUGUGAAGCCCUAUGAAUGUGAAGUGUGUUCUGCCAAAUUCAGUGAUCCAUCAAGUAGACGUAGACAUUUCCGUGAACACAUGAGCACAAAGCCCUUUGAGUGUGCUCUAUGUGGAGAGAAAUUCAAGAGACAGAAUCAGAUCCGAGUGCACAUGUCUCGGUGGCAUGGUGGCCAGGUCAAACAGGGUGAGCAGGUGACCAUGGCUGGUGGUCAUCACUUGGUUGACCCGUCUGACACCACCGUUGUCAACAUCAUGAUGCCAGGGACUCAAAAGAAAUCUGCAGGACAGAUUGAUGUGGAAGCUCUGGCCAAUCAGAGGAAGAUUGUCAGUCUCAUUCAGAAUCUGAACACUGGAUUUGUUGUGCAGGAAGUUGAAAUUGCUUCUCCAUCCAAUCAGGGCGGAGGAGACAAGGACCAAUCAGAAACUGAAACAGAGAUUGGCCCACAGAAUGAACAGAAUCAAAUAGAGAUCCCUCUCAGUGAUUUGCCAUUGAUUCAAUCUGAGAAUGGGAAUGUUGAAAAGACUGUUAUUGCCAUUGCAGAGGUACAGGAAGAUGGGAAGGGAGACAAUGGAGCACUCCCUGUGGAGACUGCAUACCAGAUUAUACAGGAGUUGGCCGAGGGUAAUGAUGAGCAACAGAUAUAUGAGAUUCAGUAUCAGACAGCAGACAAUCAACUGGAGACUAGUAUUGUUCAGUUAGAUAACAGACCGUCAAAUGUUGCCACGGUUGCGAUGAGUGAGCAAGACAUGGCUGCUGCCACUCUCUCAGCUGCCACCACCGAUGGUGUGGAUUAUGUGAAAGACCCUGACUUUGCCAGCCAGGAAUACUUCAACUGGUUGUCUAACUUCACCGAGCUGUGUAAAGUGCUCAAGAUUCCACUAAGUCAAGUUCUGUUUCAGAAGAUCAGUCAGGUGCAUAAAUCAAUAACAGAUUUCAUGGCAAUGCCAUCAGGUGUUCUCAAUGAUAAAGAAAAUUUUAGAGUUUUAAUGAGUAUUUCUAAAGACUUAAAUAAUAUCAUUUCUAAUCACCUUGCCUAUGUGAUGGAAAAUAUUGACUCAUGUUAGGUACUGCCAUAAUCCUUCAAAGAUCCUUGAUUUUGCCAUCUCUUCCGGCUCAGUGUACACCAGAUGAAAUACUUGGUUGGAAUGGUUAGUUGUCCCUACAGAACUGGCUAUUUAUUUGUAUCAACUUGAAACUGAUAUUUAUUUCAGAAUUGUAGAUAACAUAAACACAAAAUAAAUUGUUUGUUUUGUA